AUGUCCCGGAGCUGCUCCGUGGUGGCCGGGAUGGAGGUGCUCAAGCUCCUGGCUGUGGGCAAGGAGCCUCAGGGCUGUGACUCGGGCUUCGGGCAGGCCACGGCACGGCACCUGGACACCAUGGGCUUCCGGGUGUUCGCCAGCGUCUUGGACCCGCAGGGCCCCGGCGCCCGGGAGCUGCGCAGGAGCUGCUCCCCGAGGCUGACGCUGCUGCAGAUGGACCUGACCAAGCCAGAGGACAUCCAGAACGUCCUGCAGCACAUCCAGACCCACACCAACAGCACAGGGCUCUGGGGCCUGGUGAACAACGCCGGGUUCAACGACACCAUCGCGGACGCGGAGCUGUCGCCGCUGGGCAAGUUCCGCGCCUGCAUGGAGGUGAACUUCUUCGGUUCCCUGGAGCUCACCAAGGGGCUGCUGCCCCUGCUCCGCUCCGCCGGCGGCCGCAUCGUCACCGUCAGCAGCCCUGCAGGUGACCUGCCCUUCCCCUGCCUGGCAGCCUAUGGGGCCUCGAAGGCUGCCCUCAGCCUGCUCAUGGACACCUUCCGCAGCGAGCUCCAGCCCUGGGGGGUCAAAGUCAGCAUCGUCCUGCCCGGCUACUACAAAACAGGGACGACGUGCGACCCUGCCUUCUGGAACCUGCAGAAGCAGAGGCUGGUGGCACCCCCGGAGCUGCUGCAGGCCUACGGGGAGGACUACGUGGAGGAGAUCAACCGCCAGUUCAUCCAGUUCAUGAAGGUGGCCGUGGAGGACCUGAGCGCGGUGGUGAACAGCAUCACGGACGGGCUGCUGGCUGCCGACCCCGCCGUGCGCUACUACCCGGGGCAGGGCCUCGGGCUGAUGUACUUCAUCCACCGCUACCUGCCCUACUUCGUCAGGGACUUGUUCUUGAAAGGUUUCUUCAUCAACCCCAAACUGCCCCGAGCGCUGAGGAGCGAGCACCACAACCACACCAAGAAGGCCUGA